GGCAGGUGGCAGUGUGGGAUAGUGACACCUCCUUGAUUGAAGUCUUGCAGGAAGUUGCGAAUGAGGACCAGCUCGAGUCGGUACCAUGGCGCCUCUGGACCUGGAUAAAUAUGCAGAGAUCGCCAAACAGUGUAAAUACCUGCCAGAGAACGACCUCAAGAGGUUGUGUGACUACGUGUGCGAUCUCCUGCUGGAGGAAUCCAACGUCCAGCCCGUCUCUACUCCAGUAACAGUAUGUGGGGACAUACACGGACAGUUCUACGAUCUCUGUGAACUGUUUCGGACAGGCGGCCAGGUUCCAGACACAAAUUACAUAUUUAUGGGCGACUUUGUUGACCGAGGAUACUACAGUCUGGAGACGUUCACCUACCUGCUGGUGCUGAAAGCCAAAUGGCCCGACCGCAUCACACUGCUGCGCGGGAACCACGAGAGCAGACAGAUCACACAAGUUUACGGCUUCUAUGAUGAGUGUCAGACCAAGUAUGGAAAUGCAAACGCAUGGCGUUACUGCACCAAAGUGUUUGACAUGUUAACAGUUGCAGCUCUGAUGGAUGAACAGAUCCUGUGUGUUCACGGCGGCCUCUCCCCAGACAUCAAAACACUAGAUCAGAUUCGAACCAUUGAGCGUAACCAGGAGAUCCCUCACAAAGGAGCGUUUUGUGAUCUGGUGUGGUCAGACCCUGAAGAUGUGGACACCUGGGCCAUCAGUCCCAGAGGAGCCGGCUGGCUCUUUGGUGCAAAGGUCACAAACGAGUUCGUUCACAUUAACAACCUGAAGCUGAUCUGCCGGGCGCAUCAGCUCGUCCACGAGGGCUACAAGUUCAUGUUCGACGAGAAGCUGGUCACGGUGUGGUCGGCUCCCAACUACUGCUACCGCUGUGGCAACAUCGCGUCCAUCAUGGUCUUCAAAGAUGCCAACACACGAGAGCCCAAGCUGUUCCGAGCUGUGCCCGACUCCGAGAGAGUCAUCCCACCCCGAACGACCACCCCGUAUUUCCUGUAACAUCGCAGCAGCAGCAGCAGCAGCAGCAGCAGCAGCAGCAGCAGCAGCAGCAGCACAGCCCUCGUUUAGUGCACAGAUACUAACCAGGACAGUGUUCUAUGUAAAUUCUAUAUAGUGGAGCAUUUUACAGUGCAGCCGACUGUAACUUAGCUUAUUCCCAGUCUGUGCAUAUAAAUCCAUUCCUAUGCAUUUGAGCUCGUCACAGUGUCGUAAGUUAGCUCAGUAGCGUCGCUGUGCAGUUGAAAUGUUUGGAAAACAAAAGUCAAAAAUGAUCCUAAUCCCCCAAAAUCUUACUUUGCAAUGAAAUUCCCUCUGCUCACAGUAAACGGUGUCAUUUCAUGUCCCAGUCAUGUUGAGACUGUGUGUGAGAUCAUGAGCAGAGACUGCUGCGCACAUGCAUGAUCUCACCACUUCACAUGUGUACAAGUGAAAACUAUAGCCGUUAGACGUUUCAGGAUUUGUGAUUCAGCCGUGAAAUAAUCCUCAGAUUUUCAAUACACUCUUGUAAUUAUUAUUUUUCUGUGUGUCGCUCUUUUUAAAUAAAGACAUUUAAAAAUGGUAGAAAGUCAAA